ACGGAGGUUAGUGGCCUCGAGCCUCCCUCAUCCGGACCAUGUCUGGCUGCCACACUCCUGAAGGAGAUUGUUGCUCCGGGCGAUGUGGCCUGCAGGCUUGCAUAACUGUGAAAAUUGAAGCUCCACAUCUCUAGAGCUUUGCUCAUACCUUCAGGAAAAUCCUGGCUUUGGAGCCCUUUCUUCCAGGGAGCCUCACUUCAUUUCUUUAUGGACAAGGAACAUCCAAGAUACCUCAUCCCAGAACUUUGCAAACAGUUUUACCAUUUGGGCUGGGUCACGGGAACCGGAGGAGGAAUUAGCUUGAAACAUGGCAAUGAAAUCUACAUUGCUCCUUCAGGAGUGCAAAAGGAACGAAUUCAGCCAGAAGACAUGUUUAUUUGUGACAUAAAUGAACAGGAUAUAAGUGGACCUCCAGCAUCUAAGAAGUUGAAAAAAAGCCAGUGUACUCCUCUUUUCAUGAAUGCUUAUACAAUGAGAGGAGCAGGUGCAGUGAUUCAUACCCACUCUAAAGCUGCUGUCAUGGCCACCCUUCUCUUUCCAGGACGGGAGUUUAAAAUUACACAUCAGGAAAUGAUAAAAGGGAUACGGAAAUGUACCUCAGGAGGGUAUUACAGGUAUGAUGAUAUGCUAGUGGUGCCCAUUAUUGAGAACACUCCUGAGGAGAAAGACCUCAAAGAGCGGAUGGCCUGUGCAAUGAAUGAGUACCCGGACUCCUGUGCCGUGCUGGUCAGGCGCCACGGAGUGUAUGUGUGGGGAGAGACAUGGGAGAAGGCCAAAACCAUGUGUGAAUGUUAUGACUAUUUGUUCGACAUUGCUGUGUCAAUGAAGAAAGUAGGGCUCGAUCCUACACAGCUGCCAGUUGGAGAGAAUGGAAUCCUAUAAGCCAAAUGGAAGUAUAAUUAUCUACAGAGAUAAAGCCAAAUUUAACUAUUACUUAAAUGAAACUUGACUAUUUUUUAAAUGAAUUGAAAUUUUCCAUACCACUAAUUUGUCACUAUACUACAGAUGGUCACACUUAAUUUCUUACAUUUAAUAUUUGCUAUUUUCUUAGAAUUUUAGGUGAUAAGACAGUGGAAUAAAAGUUUGCUACUCAAUGUUUGUUCAUGUUUAUUUUUAAAUUUGUAACAGCAAAACACUUUAACUUUUUUUGCACUCUCAGAAUUCUUCUUGAUCAUUAAAGCUGCUCAUAAUAAUUCAUUGGAAAAUUUC